CCUGUGGGUUAUGGGCCCACCACGCUUCCGCUGCGCCACUCUGAUAUUGUUGUUAGUGUACGCUAUCAGUAUUAAACAUAUUCAAAGACUUGGGUUGCCAAGAGUUCGAAAGCAGAGAGUGUUUGGCAUCCCCGCUCAUCGCUUCUCAGCUUCCUCUGUAUCCAGUCCACCUUUCACCCGCCGUUCCAGCCUUCCUCCGCCGGCCGGUAUUUGUACUUCUUAGCAUCUCUUUAAUCACUCGGAAGUAGGGCUCGUGUUCAACCAGCAGUAAGAUUCGUCCAUGUCCAACCCGUCGUCGCCAAAACAAUUCUAGGGAUUUCAUGAUGCGAAGAUUCCGUUGCUCUUUAUCAGCUCUUGAAACUUUCUGCGGUUCCAAUCCCGUCUCCGCAAGCAUUUCUUCUUCAGUUCCCCGUACUCCGCCAACCGCUGGUUUCAUUGCGCCCAGAUUUCCCUUCAGGAAUGAUUGGCGUUUGUAUUGUACUCAAAUGGCUGUUGUGUCAGAGCAAACCAUUAGUCCAACGAGGAGGCGUAUUGACCUUAUCGAGCUCCACACCGAAAGACUGUGCGAAACUAUAGUGGGAACCUCCGAUUCAUUACAGCCCAAGCAGAAUCUUCACAUGGAGGAAGCACUGGAUCAGCUUGGUAUGCAACUAACUACUGAUUUAGUCCUCGAGGUUCUUCACAGGCUUCGUUACGAUGAAAAGACGGCCUUCAGAUUCUUCACAUGGGCAGGGCGGCAGGAAGAUUAUGCGCACGAGGCUUGUGCUUACAACGAAAUGAUGGACAUUUUGUCGAGCACCAAGUACAAAGUGAAGCAGUUUCGGAUUGUGUGUGAUAUGCUUGAUUACAUGAAGAGGGGCAACAGGAAGAAUGUUCCCACGGAGGUUCUGUUGAAGAUUUUGAGAGAUUACACGCUGAAGUAUCUCACCCAUGUUCAGAAAUUUGCUAAGAAGAAGAGGAUUCGGGUGAAGACUCAGCCAGAGAUCAAUGCUUUCAACUUGCUUCUGGAUGCUUUGUGCAAGAGCUGUCUCGUUGAGGAUGCUGAAGCUUUGUUUAAAAAGUUGAAGAGUAAGAUUAAGCCAGAUAGCAAUACGUAUAACAUCUUGUUCUUUGGGUGGUGCAGAGUUAGGAACCCGACUAGAGCUAUGAAGGUUCUCGAUGAAAUGAUCGAGCUCGGUCUCCCACCUGAUAACUUUACUUAUAAUACCGCUAUCGAUUCAUUUUGUAGAGCUGGCAUGGUGGACGAGGCUGCUGGUCUAUUUGAGUUCAUGAGAACCAAAGGUUCGACACUGUCUUCUCCUACUGCAAAGACUUAUGCCAUAAUGAUUGUAGCUCUAGUUCAGAAUGAUAGAAUGGAUGAGUGCUCGAAACUUAUAGAGCAUAUGACUGCGAGUGGUUGCCUUCCAGACGUCCCAACAUACACAGAAAUGAUUGAAGGAAUGUAUACAGCUGGCAAGACGGAUGAAGCAUACCGGUUUUUGAAAGAGAUGGGAGACAAAGGUUAUCCUCCUGAUAUAGUUACUUACAACUGUUUCCUAAAUGUGCUUUGCAAGAACAAAGAAGCUGAUGCAGCACUCAGGCUGUAUGGGCAAAUGUUUGAGGUUGAUUGUCUGCCUAGUGUGCAGACGUAUAACAUGCUGAUCUAUAUGUUUUUUAAGAUGGAUGAUUAUCAUGGUGCUUGUGAGACUUGGGAUGAAAUGGAGAAAAGAGGGUGCGAUAGAGAUGUCGAUACCUAUAGUGUGAUGAUUGAUGGGCUCUUCCAUAGCAAUAAGAUGGAGGAUGCAUGUUGUCUUGUAGAAGAGAUUGUUGAUAAGGGCAUGAAGCUGCCUUAUCGGCAGUUUGACUCCUUCCUCAUGCAGCUUUCAGUGACUGGUAAUCUAAAAGCCAUCCACAAACUCUCUGAGCACAUGAGGAAGUUCUAUAAUCCUGCCAUGGCAAGGCGGUUUGCACUAAAUCAGAAGAGGAGAAGCCAAAGUUUUCAAGGAAGAAAGAAUAUAUGAGUAUGACCUUUACUUUUAGCUAUGUCUUACUCGUACUCUUACUCCAUGUUGUUACAUUGUAGUACCAAGUUCCUCCACUCAUUCAGGUGGCAAAAUCUAAUUCAACAAAUGUCUUUUAAUGUCGUCCAUGCUUAUGUGUGCUUUCUCUUUUAGGAAUAAUAUUUGUUUCUCACUCAAGUGUUCUUCCCUUAGUUGAUGCCAAGUGCCAACAUUAACGAUUGCCCAUUUUUCAGCAUUUCUGUGCAAAAACAUAGGUAUCUAUUUUGAGCAGUAUGAGAAAGUGUGACUGUGAAUUUGGUUUGUGGCUAAUGUAAAACACUUAAUGUUCAUGUUUCAACCUUCUGAAACCAGAUGGCUCCUUCUCUUAACAUAUGGAUUCCCUUCUUUGCAUUAGGUUUGGAGCAACCCUUGCCAGUUUGAACUUCGGUCUGAUUUUGUUUCCUCGGAAAGGAACUCCAGGGACGCAAGCCAGGAAGUAAGGGUGCAGGUAUGCUUUUUGAUGAAACUGCUAUUUGUUUUUAAUGAACGCAAAACUGCCUUAGGUUCAUCAACUAUGCUUGGCUUUAUCAAACACAAAUGAUAGGGAAUUCAAGAAGGUUUUAACGUUGCACAACAAUUGUGAAUCGGGUUUGUAAAAUCACAUCAGAAAUUCUGUCGAUGCUAUUGCCGCGAAUUUUAAGAACCAAAGCACAUUCAGAUCGUAAUAUCAAAGAUCGCGAAUUAAGAUCAUUACAAUCAUGGUUUCAUCAGGCACAUGGUAAGCUGUUCGUUUAUCGCACAAUGUUGGUUGCUACAAUGCAUUUUGUGCUCUGGAGGCUGGUGCGAGUUUCAGAACGAGAUUGUGGAAGAGCGACAUUGUCAGCCUUCCACGGACUUGGAAGGUCAAAAUGCGCAUCAUGAAGACAUCUCAUGUUGAUGAUCCUGCUCAUGUCACCCACCAGCAAGCAACAGUUCAAAGAAGUGGGCAAAAUCAAUGAAGAAGAGAAUCUCAG